UUAUGGCUACGAUCCUUUUGGGCUCAGCAAGAAACCAGAAAAUUUCAGCAAAUACCAAGCUUAUGAGCUUAUUCAUGCGAGGUGGGCCAUGCUCGGUGCUGCAGGCUUCAUUAUCCCUGAGGCUUUCAACAAAUUUGGUGCUAAUUGUGGCCCUGAGGCUGUUUGGUUCAAGACUGGUGCUCUUCUCCUAGAUGGAAACACAUUAAAUUACUUUGGAAAGAACAUUCCAAUCAAUCUUGUUGUUGCUGUCAUUGCUGAGAUUGUCCUUGUUGGUGGUGCUGAAUAUUACCGAAUCAUCAAUGGACUGAAUUUGGAAGACAAGCUCCAUCCAGGAGGUCCAUUUGAUCCUUUGGGGUUAGCUAAUGAUCCUGACCAAGCAGCAUUGCUUAAAGUGAAGGAGAUCAAGAACGGGCGGCUGGCCAUGUUCGCAAUGCUUGGUUUCUUCCUCCAGGCCUAUGUGACUGGUGAAGGCCCUGUGGAGAAUCUCGCCAAACACUUGAGUGAUCCAUUUGGAAACAAUUUGCUUACUGUGAUCGCAGGGUCAGCUGAAAGAGCUCCAACCCUCUAAGUUUUUCGUUGCAUCCUUGCCACUUUCGAAUUCCAUGCUAAGUUUAUGAGAUCAUUCAGGGCUCUGUAAAAUGUCGGUGUACUAUGCUUGUCUUUUUCUGAGACUUUUGCAAGCAAUUGAGAUUGAUAUCUCAUUCUGACUGACCAAGCUCUUGGAGGAGCUGUGAUUGAUUUUGUGACUGUUCUUUCUAAAAUAAUCAGGUAGAUUACCUUCAAAA